CCGGCUCAUUCCGCUGCAGACGCUCGAGGCCGCCGCAACAACGUCACCAUGUGGGCGCAGAGACUGGGUCGCGCCCUGGCCACACGGUCCGCCUCCUCCUCGCUACACCGCCGGAUCAGCGCCAGGAUAGUGGACAACACCAACAUCGAGGUGCGGCCGGAGCAGGACUCGCAGCCCUUGACCUUUCCGGGCGUGUGGCUGAGGGACAACUGCCUGUGCCCGGAGUGCUUCCACGGCAGCUCCCGCUCACGCAAGCUGGACUGGGACAACUUCGACACCGGUGUCAAGCCGGUGAGCCUGCGCACCGAGGACCAAAAGCCGGACAAGGAGCUGGUGGUGCAGUGGAGCGACUCCCACGAGAGCCGCUUCUCCCUGCAGUGGCUGCGGGAACGCAGCUUCGAGGAGAAGCGUCAGCAGAGCUACCUGGCGGACUUUUACCGGCCGCUCACCAAGCACUGGUCCGGAGCGGAGUUCCCUACGAUAGCCCGCCACUUCAGCUACGAGGAGGUGAUGCAGCAGGACGCCGUGCUGCUGGAGUGGCUGCAGUCGCUGGCCGUGCACGGCGUGGCUCUGCUCCGCGGCGCACCCCUGGACGAGGGCGUGGUUAGGCGCCUGGCCGAGCGGGUGGGCUUCAUCCGACGCACCACCUACGGCGAGGAGUUUGUGGUCCAGGCCAAGCCCGGUGCCCAGAACUUUGCCUAUCUCUCCCUGCCGCUGCCCCUGCACACGGACCUGCCCUACUACGAGUACAAGCCCAGCGUCAACAUCCUGCACUGCGUGGUCCAGACGGAGUCGGUCGGUGGCAGCAACCUGCUGGUGGAUGCCUUCCACAUUGCGGACAUUCUGCGGCGCGAUUAUCCCGAAGACUUUGAGCGCCUCAGUCGGGUCCUGGUGGACUGGAAUGACAUUGGCAGCGAGGAUGGACGCGAGUUCCACAACAUUUGGCGGGCGCCGGUGAUAUGUUUGGAUGCCCAAGGACGCUACACGCGGGUGAACCACAGCGUCCCUCAGCGGGACAGCCAUUUCAAUGUGCCGCUGGCCGAGGUCCAGCCCUGGUACGAGUCCUAUGCCCGCUUCGUCCGCCUGGCCCGCGCCGAUGCCCACGCCUUCAAGACCCAGCCCGGGGACGUGCUGACCUUCAACAACAUCCGGCUGCUCCAUGGCCGCACCGGCUACGACGACACCGAACGCAACUCGCGGUACAUUGUGGGCGCCUAUCUCGACUGGGACAUAAUCUACUCGCGCCUCAGGGUGCUCAAGAAGGGCGGAGGGAGCCAGUGAAAGCCGAGCCUCCGCCUCCGCCUCCCAGAAAGCAUAUUUUCCAAGCCAUUUGACGAGAGCUGCUCAUUUGAAUAGUGGCCUGAACCCGGCAGGAUUUCCGAAUUUGAGCCGCCACAUAUGCUGCUCCUUGCUUCUCCCAAGCUUCAGCUCCACCUCCAGCUCCCUUCUUCCUGGCGGCAGUUAAGGCAGCUCGAGCGCAAAAAUGAAAAGUUGUAAAAAAUCAUGAUGAUCCCGCCGAAAAAAAAAAGUCACCAAGUUUGGGGUCUGUCGCGGCUUAUUUGCAUCGCGGCAUUGCCUGACAAAUCGCUUGUGAAAAUGAUUGACAGCGGGUGAGGGCAGGGGGCGGGGACUGGGAGGAUGCCAUAUACUAUAUACAAAUUGGCCCAGGCACGGAAGUCCUGGCUGGUGCCACUCAAGGCCCAAAUAAAAAUGUUCUUUAGAGUUUUCUUCAGGCUAAGGUAAAGGCUAGGAAAAGAGGGGUUUCUUGCUAAAAAAAAAAACUUUAAAAUUGAAAAUCAUGGAAAAUUGCAAUCAGAAAACCUUUAAGCAAGCCUUUAUAAAUUUUAAGACAUAUUUACUUGAGUUUUGUAAGAGUUUUUAUACCACUAAGAAUACCUAAAUAUCUCUUUAGUUUGUAUGUUACACUUAAUAAAUGCUUAAGCUUA